AUGAAGGAUGACGCGAGCGACGGCAGCGGGGUCGAGAACGACCUCGACAGCAAUGCCGUGACGAUGUACAAGGGCGCCGCCGACAUUUCGAACAAGGCAUUGAGCAAGGUCGUUUCUCUUUGCAAGCCGGGCGCGCUCAUUAGGGAGCUGUGCGUCGCGGGCGACGACGUGAUCAACGAGGAGGUCUCCAAGGUCUUCAAGGGCAAGGAGGUCGAGAAGGGCGUCGCCUUCCCCACCUGCGUCAGCGUGAACGAUGUCGUGGGCCACUUCUGCCCCGUGGAGGGCGACGCGGCCCUCCAGGCGGGCGACGUCGUCAAAAUCGAUCUAGGGACCCACAUCAAUGGUUUCAUCGCCACGUCCGCCACCACGGUCGUGUGCGCCGACGAUCCCCUCAAGUUCAAGGUCGACGGGAGGAAGGCCGACGUGAUCGCGUGCGCGAACACGUGCUUCGAGGCCGCUAUCCGGCUCAUCAAGCCCGGCAAGAAGACCACGGACAUCCCACCUGUCCUGGAGAAGAUUGCCAAGGCCUUCGACUGCAGCAUCGUGGAGGGCGUCAUGACGCACCAGAUGAAGCAGUUCAUCAUCGACGGCAACAUCGUAGUUCUGAACCGGCCGACGCCGGACAUGCGGUCCGAGGAGCGCGAGUUCGAGGUCAACAGCGUGUACGCCAUCGACAUCGUCGUGUCCACGGGCGAGGGCCGCUCGGCCGUCAAGGACGAGAAGGAGACGACGGUGUACAAGCGCGCGCUCGACGUCGAGUCCGGCUGCAAGCUCCAGGCCGCGCGCGCCGUGCUCAGCGAAGUCAACCGCCGCUUCCCGACCAUGCCCUUCACGAUCCGCGCGCUCAAGAGCGAGAAGGUCAAGCUCGCGCUGACCGAGCUCGAGCGCAAGGGCCUCCUGCACCAGUACCCCGUGCUCCGGGAGCGGCCCGGCGAGCUCGUCGCCCAGAUCAAGGGCACCUCGCUGCUGACGAGCAACGGCAGCGACCGGGUGACGGUGAGCCCGCUGCCGGAGCUGGCGACGGAGAAGAAGGUCGAGGACAAGGAGAUCCAGGCGCUGCUGCAGAGCGCGCUGAAGAAGAGCCGCAAGAGCAAGAAGAAGGCCGCGAAGAAGGACGGGGCGUGA